AUGUCCGCGACGCUCCAACAGACUUCCCGGCUUUAUAACGAACUUUAUAAUGAGUUUUAUUCAAGUAAUCCAGAUCUCAAUAGAUGUGGUCAGUACUUGGCGACGUUAAAGGUUAUGUUGUCAAAAAUUUCCUUCCUACUUCCAGAAGGUGAAAUAAACAAUGCGGAAGCACUUUUAAUUGGUAGGAACAUCCUCGAAAUUGGAGCAUUGUGGAGUGUAGCGACAAAGGAUAUACCUUCCUUUGAACGAUACAUAGCCCAACUUCAUACGUAUUAUACCGAUUACGGAUCAUUAUUGCCACAAUCGCAACAAAUGUAUCCGCUCAUUGGUUUGAAUCUCCUCCGUCUUCUAUCACAAAACCGCAUUGCUGAAUUCCAUACUGCUUUGGAGAACAUCGAACCUGAGCAGCUAUUGGACAAUGAUUAUGUCAAACAUCCUGUGCAUUUGGAACAGUACCUUAUGGAAGGAAGUUAUAACAAAGUAUGGAAUUCACGAGCAGAAAUACCGGCUCCACAAUACGCCUUUUUCAUUGAUAUUUUAAUGGAAACAAUCAGGAAUGAAAUCGCGAGUUGCAGCGAGAAAGCAUACACAUGUUUACCAUUAAGCGAUGCAGCCACACUGUUAUUUUUUGACAAUCGCCAAGAUGUUAUCACAUUCGCGAUGGAGCGUGGUUGGCAAGUGGAAACGGAUGGGAAAAUCUAUUUUGCAACAAAGGAUGAUAAUAUGGUUGAAAUACCUUCGACGGGUAUUAUCAAACACGCACUUUAUUACGCUCGUGAGUUAGAGCAGAUUGUGUAA